CGGUCGAGCGGGCAAACAGUGACUGUGUGUUUGCGGGCCGAGUGAGACAUGAGGGCCUACAAUGUGUACCGACUUGCUGUAGCCGUCUUUCUACACGUGGGUGCAGUAACAGCAGAGCCGGUGGGUUGCGAGGUACGUGCCCGUCUGGAAUCCGGAUGGGUGUGCGGCUUACGACGCUGGGCGGAGAACAACACUGUAUAUGCAAGCUUUCGAGGAGUUCCGUACGCGAAACAACCACUGGGCGAGUUGAGGUUCAAGGAGCUACAACCGGCAGAGCCAUGGGACUAUUUGGACGCGUCCGAAGAGGGCCCGAUAUGUCCCCAACAGGAUGUGUUCUACGGAAAAAUGAUGACGUCACAUAAGAUGGAAGAAGCCUGCAUAUACGCUAACAUACACGUUCCUAUCGAAGCUUUGCCGGAAUCCAGCCUGCGAAGACCCUUGAGGCAUCUAAAGCCGCCUUACGAGGCGGGUUUGAGUGAAGAAGAUGACCCACAACAGCCGGGUCUUCCUAUACUGGUGUUUGUGCAUGGCGGCGGCUUCGCAUUCGGGUCCGGUAAUUCGGACGUGUACGGACCAGAGUAUCUUGUCAGCAAGGGUGUUAUCGUAAUCACAUUCAACUACAGGCUGAAUGUAUUCGGCUUUCUAUCAUUGAACACUCCGAGUAUACCGGGCAACAACGCUCUCCGUGACGUCAUCACACUGCUACGUUGGGUGCGGGCCAACGCCAGGUCCUUCGGCGGAGACCCGGAGCAAGUCACACUAGGCGGACAGAGCGCCGGUGCUGCUAUUGCACAUCUCGUUUCAUUCGCACCCGACACCGACGGACUAUUUAAUAGAUUAAUACUGAUGAGUGGCACCGCAAUGCCCGCCUUUUACACAUUAUCGCCCGCUUUUGCGCAAAACAUUGCCAACAUGUUCCUGACGCACCUCAACAUCACAACUACAGACCCUGAACUAGCACACAGCCAACUGAUCAAACUCCCGUUAGACAAGAUUAUGAACGCAAACAGCAUGCUUAUAGAUUUCUUCGGACUAACGACUUUCGUGCCAGUGCUAGAAAAGAAACUACCAGGAGUAAAUCCGGUCAUACUCGAAGACCCUAUAACGCUAAUGAACAAAGGCGUUGGUAGAAACAUGGAAAUGUUUAUCGGAUUCACGAGCGCCGAAUGCGAGAGCUUCCGUCCAAGAUUCGAGCAAAUAGACAUGGUAACAAGGAUAAAUGAGAACCCCUUGCUAGUGUUAUCACCUAAUAUAAUUUUUAAUGCACCCGCCAGCGACUUGCUUAACAUAGCGAAGGAGGUAGAACAGAAAUAUUUCAAUGGAGAACCUACUAUGGACCACUACAUUCAUUCUUGUUCUGAUACGUUUUAUAAUUACCCAGCGUUGAAGAUAGCGCAAAUGAAGCAAGCAAUGGGCGGUGCUCCGGUGUUCUUGUACCAGUUUUCUUAUGAAGGAAAGGCUAAUGUAAUCAAAACAGCCUUUGGUAUAAAUUACAAAGGAGUGGGGCAUGUGGAGGACAUGACGUAUGUGUUUAAAGUUAACUCUAUCAUGGAAAAGUAUAUUACGUUCCCGCCUGGUAGCAAAGACGACUUGAUGAGGAAAAGGAUGACUGCUUUCGUUAGCAAUUUCGUUAAAUGCGGCUAUCCCAAUUGCAUUGGCAACGAGAUAGCAGCUUGGAGACCCGUUGACAGGUACCUUAGAUAUCAAGAAAUAGAGAACACAUACUACAAGUCCACUGACCCGACAGACGCUCAAAUAGAAAUGUUGGAAUUCUUCAAUAGUCUAUACAAUACCACUACGAGUUGAACAAACUGACUGACUUCAUGUAGUUUGUACGUGUACCAUUGCUAAGAAUAUUGAUAAAGUAGCUAGGAAAUGUUGAUUUGCUGGUUGACGAAGAAUUUUUAGUUCUCAAUAAUUAAUUAAAAAAUUAAAGAAAAGUCGUACGUUGACAGGAUACACUAGGUUUAGUAGUAUUUAAACAAAUAAAUUGAAUUAUGCACUAAAACGCAAACACAGCAGAGAACAAGACAAUGAUAAGACAAACAGAUUUCUAGAUAUGUAUUUCCGAACAGAACUUUAAUAUCGUGCAAAAAGACAUUUCCAUUUAUUUCUUAAGCAUCCGGUGUGAGUACUUUUAUUUAUUAAGAAUUGAGACUAGUAGUAUUAAGUUUGUGUACUCAUUGAUUCUAACCGUGAGGUUUCACUGGCGAAACAGCCGUACAAAAACGUUAUUACCUCAGUUUUUUCAAGGAGACUAAGAGAGAUAAAAUACAUUUCUGUACGAUUGUUUCAGUAGUGUAAACCUACGUUACGAAUUUUUCGACUGUAUCCAUGGUCACUGAAGUAUUUGAUACAAUUAGAUUAAGACUUAAGUUUAAGAUUUGAAGUAGAAAUGAUUAGAAUUUUUAUGUAAAGAUACGAUACGAAUUUUCAUUUGUAAUGUAAGCUCAACUGAUCAUCAAAAUCUGCAUUAUAAAUAAAAUCCCAUUCAAACUGUUGUACUCAGAGUUGUCUUUGGGUUAAAUUAGCUGUCUCUUGGUCUAGAUUUAGAUUUCUAGAUUUUCUUUUUACUAAUAGGAAUACUAAUUUAAAAGUUUGGUUAGGUGUUUAGUAUCACUUAACUCCAGAACGGCUAACCGGAUCUGGUUGGUGUAGCGAUAAAUUAUAAUUAACUACUAUAUAUUAAUAGCUUUUGAUCAAGACUCCGUCCGAGCGGAAUUAAAAAAAAACAUAAUCAAUAUGUGUUCUUCUAGACUAUGUUCUAC